AUAAACUAUUUUGUUCCAAAGGAGGAGGUGCGGGUAAGGUAGCUUGUAUGUGAGUGUUGCAUUCCAUCUAUGCCAUGGAUACCCUUUCAAGGAUUAGAUUCCUCCCCACUUGUUACAGCCUUCAGUUCCCAAAGAUUUCUGCAUUAUCUCGUUUCCCAAGUGCUUUUUACCCAAACACUACCCUGGUUUCAGUACCAAGAGCUGGUCCUCCUUCAGUGAGUGAUGCAGAUGAGGAAGUCUUGCAAAUAUUUUUUAAGGAGAGAGAAUUAAAUGGGGAUUUUAUAUCCAGAGCUUCUGAUUUAUUAUGGCAAAGGAAUUUCAGAAGUUCUGGUGAUUAUGAUGCUAGCAAGCUCAACAACAACACCUCUCAACAAACAGAGCAGAUCAUUGAGAUUGACAGUGAUGAUGGUUUUUUGAAACUUUCAAGAACCCAAGAGUGGAUAUUAGGUGACAAUUCUGCACCAAUAAACAAGAAGGCGAGUGCUAAGGUGUUGCAAGACCUCAGUGCAAGACGCAAGAAACUGAACAUGCUCAAUUAUGAAUCUCUCAAGAGGGAAAUACUGCUUCUAUCUCUGGGUGUUGGAUUGGCUUGCAGUGGAUAUUGCUUGAUAACUUUGUCGUUACAGGCUGCUAUAAGUUAUGCGAUUGGAGUCCUUUUCAGUUGCUUGUACCUCCAGCUCUUAUAUAAACAUGCAGACAACUUAUCCAGUGAAACGGUUCCUCAAAUAUUCAUGAAAAAGAAGUCAAAGAAAAUUGGUAUAAGAAGUGAGGACCUUGAAGAUUUAUUGGAGAGGUCAAUCAAGGGUAUCAGUAUAUCACUUUCAUCUCCAAGGCUUGUGAUUCCAGCAUCAAUUUUCGGGCUUUGGGUUUUAUCUCAUCAAUAUUUUGCCAAUGACUUCUUUGAUUUUCAGAUUGUGCCAGCUAUGUUUGGGAUGUUUGUGUACAAGGCUGCUGUUCUAGUGCAAGUUUAUAGAGACAAUGAAGAUUUACAGCUUGUGUUUCCUGAAAAGGAAGAUGGUUCAAGUGACUGAAAUUUUUAUUUUGCUGUGCUCAGCAGAGUACACUCCUCCCUGCAAAGCACUACAUUUAUUGUCAUUUCAGUUAUGGAAGAAUGCUAGUAACAUAUUUUUUAAAGCAUUUGGUAAAAAUUAUAUGUUAGAAAGUUUGUUGUUAGCAUUUCUCUGAAUUCAAAAUGUGACAUAAAUGAAUGUACAACCUCCACUUCACCUACUGUCUUUGUACCUUAAACAAUGACAAAGGUGUUAAAAGAAGACAAUAUAAAUUGAAAUGAUAAAAAGUCAUUGUUAACGUUUCUU